AGAAAAAGGGUGUCUUCGGCGAAUAAGCCGAAUACUUUGCAUUUUAAAUACAUGAUUCUACUUGAGGGGAAAUUUCGGGAAAAUAUCCCCAGCCUCCCGUGUGCUCCCAGUAACCAGGCGCUGGUAAUAAGUGGAAUCCUGAACAAGGAGGACUGACACCCGGGACCUUCAUGUGUUAGUACCAGGGCCAGCACGCAGCGAGCAGUAUACUCAGGAGCAGGGAGUCCCGGUUUUCCACCUCACCUGGACGUACAAAUUGCAGCUCAGUCUGCCAGCGCCUAAUGGAGACGUUGGAGCAGCCGAGUUAUCAUGGAGGGAGAAAGACCCCAGCGGUCUCUCCGGACCGACCGGUGCCCACCGCCAGCGCUGCGCGAUAAGUGGCAUCAGCCGCCCUCAGCCUGCUGGGACAAGCAGUUUAUUAUCACCCGCUCUCCCUUCCUGACCCCGGCAGCCGUCACCUUUACCUAUGAAGAAGAUGAGGAGGGCUAUGAAAAGACGAAAAGAGGGGAGAUGGCAGAGGAACGACCCAGGUCGCACACGGUCACCACCACCACCAGCUCUUACCACAGCGAGACGUUUUCCAGCAGUCCCAGCCUGUCCUAUGACCGGAGCUUUCUUAUCAGUGCCCCUGGCUUCCUGCUGCUGGCAGAGAUAGUGUUCGGUUUGUUGGUGUGGGCACUGAUCGCAGGCUCUGAAUAUUUCCGUUUUCCUGCUUUUGGCUGGGUGAUGUUCGUAGCAGUAUUUUAUUGGGUCCUGACUGUGUUCUUUUUCAUUAUUUACAUUACAAGGGCAUACACCAGAAUAUCUAAGGUGCCAUGGACAUUAGUAGGUUUAUGUUUUAAUGGAAGUGCCACAGUUUUCUACCUCAUUGCUGCUAUAGUGGAUGCAGCUUCAAUUACCAAAGACAUUCACCCACAUCACAACUACAACAGCUGGACUGCAUCUGCAUUCUUUGCGUUCCUUGUCACAUUAUGUUAUGCUGCAAACACCUAUUUCAGUUUUCAGUCCUGGAGAACAAGAAGUUAACACAAAGCCAAACUUUCAAAUAAUAAAUUAUGUAUAAAGCUGGAGUUUUUGCAAGCGACACUUUAAAAUCAUUUCAUCUUAAUAAUUAGUGUUUUAGAUUUAUAGUGUAUUGAUAUAUAGAGGAUGGAAUCUGAGUACAUCAAUAUUUGCAAAUACAUUUCCCUGAUCCCAGUGAGUGUUUGUAGGAUGGUUGUCUGUUUUUAAGUUCUUUACUUUUAUCACACAAUGUAAAAAAUUACUUUGCUCAAAUUGUGCCACAAAACGCUGUAAUAAAAGAACUGGGAAAUAUUAUAUGCUGGAUGUGCUGAUUAUAUCUUCUGCAUUUCACAUGUAUUACUCUGAUGACAGAGACUGUACCACUUGAUAAAGGGCUGGGAAACAAGAACUUUAAAAAUAUUUUUAUACGCUGAAAUAAAGAUAAAUAUUCUA